UCCGUGUCUGGGAGAUCACAUGACCCGCAUCAGCUGACCCGUCACGGUGGAGCCCAGCUCUGGCGCUUCGCGCUCCCCGCCCUGCUGCGCCCCGGAGCGCAGAACCCUGCGGAGGGGUAAGAACACCCUCAGGCCUUCUCUCCUUUGUCGCUGGUUCGCUCACUCACCUGCACCCCACCCCCAGCUCCUCGCCCAUCUCAGUCUUCCCGGCCUGGCACCCCGGAAGCCACUGCGAGGAGGGCCGUGGCCAGGCUCAGCCUUGCGCUGCCCCCAGGCGGCCAGGACCAAAUGGCCCAGGGGAGCAGAAGGCGGAAAGUGGUUCUUAAAGCAGGGGCCGAGGGCUGGGCCCCUUCCUCAGGACCUGACAUGGAGGAGCUGCUCCGGAGCGUGGAAAGAGAUCUGAACAUCGAUGCCCGGCAGCUGGCCCAGGCGCCCGGGGGCACCCACGUGGUGGCCCUAGUGUCCACGCGUUGGCUGGCUAGUCUCCGGGAGCGCCGGCUGGGACCCUGUCCCCGGGCCGAGGGCUUGGGUGAAGCGGAAGUCAGGACUUUACUGCAACGUUCGGUACAGAGGCUGCCCCCAGGCUGGACGCGAGUGGAGGUGCAUGGACUGCGGAAACGGAGACUGUCCUAUCCGCUGGGCGGAGUCUUGCCCUUUGAGGAGGGGUCCUGUAGCCCUGAGACUCUCACUCAUUUCAUGCAGGAGGUGGCUGCCCAGAAUUACCGGAACCUGUGGCGCCAUGCAUACCACACUUAUGGGCAGCCCUACAGCCAUAGCACUGCCCCCUCAGCUAUACCUGCCCUAGACUCUAUAAGACAAGCUCUCCAGAGGGUCUAUGGAUGCACCUUCCUGCCAGUGGGUGAAUCUAUGUCAUGUCUAUCAAAUGUCAGGGAUGGGCCCUGCCCCUCUCGGGGCAGCCCUGCCUGCCCCAGCCUUUUGCGAGCUGAGGCCCUGCUGGAGUCACCCGAGAUGCUCUAUGUGGUCCACCCUUAUGUGCAGUUCUCCUUGCAUGAUGUAGUUACCUUCAGCCCUGCCAAACUGACCAACAGCCAAGCCAAGGUGCUCUUUAUUCUCUUCCGUGUUCUGAGGGCCAUGGAUGCCUGUCACCGCCAGGGCCUGGCCUGUGGGGCUCUGUCUUUGCACCACAUCGCUGUAGAUGAGAAGCUGUGCAGUGAGCUCCGGCUGGACCUGAGUGCUUACGAGAUGCCUUCUGAGGGUGAGAACCAGGAGGUCUCUGAAGAGAAAAGUGGGGCAGGUGUUAAGUCUGAAAAAGAGGGGGAAGGGAGAUCUGGGUGUCCCACCUGCCAGAAAGAACUUCGGGGCCUUGUGUUAGACUGGGUCCAUGGCCGCAUCAGCAACUUCCACUACCUCAUGCAGCUGAAUCGGUUGGCAGGUCGACGGCAGGGGGAUCCCAACUAUCACCCAGUGCUGCCCUGGGUGGUGGACUUUACCACACCUUAUGGGCGCUUCCGAGACCUUCGUAAAUCCAAGUUCCGACUCAACAAGGGAGAUAAGCAAUUGGACUUCACCUAUGAGAUGACACGGCAGGCAUUUGUAGCAGGUGGCACAGGAAGUGGGGAGCCCCCCCAUGUUCCUCACCACAUCUCUGACGUGCUCUCUGAUAUCACAUACUAUGUAUACAAGGCCCGUCGCACGCCUCGCUCUGUGCUCUGUGGUCAUGUCCGAGCACAGUGGGAACCCCAUGAGUAUCCUGCCACCAUGGAGCGGAUGCAGACCUGGACACCGGAUGAGUGCAUCCCCGAAUUCUACACGGACCCCUCUAUCUUCUGCUCUAUCCACCCUGACAUGCCUGACCUGGAUGUGCCGGCCUGGUGCAGUUCUAACCAGGAAUUUGUGGCUGCCCAUAGAGCACUGCUGGAGAGCUGGGAGGUGUCCCAAGACCUGCAUCAUUGGAUUGACCUUACUUUUGGCUACAAACUCCAGGGCAAAGAAGCUGUGAAGGAGAAAAAUGUGUGUCUGCACUUGGUGGAUGCUCACACCCAUCUGACCAGUUACGGCGUGGUCCAGCUGUUUGAUCAGCCACACCCUCAACGCCUGGCUGGGGCUCCUGCUCUGGCCCCUGAACCUCCACUCAUCCCCCGGCUGUUGGUCCAGCCUAUUCAGGAGGCCACAGGCCAGGAGGACACUUCAGGACAACUUAUAAAUGGUGCGGGCAGGCUUGUUGUAGAGGCUACUUCAUGUGAGUCUGGCUGGACUAGAGAUAGGCCUGGGACAGGGGAAGAUGAUUUAGAACAGGCUACGGAAGCUCUGGAUUCCAUCUCCCUCCCUGGGAAAGCAGGUGACCACCCAGGCUCUUCCUCCAGUCAAGCCUCACCCAGCCUGUUGUCUUUUUCUGCACCCUCGGGGUCUCGACCAGGCCGCAGGAGCAAAGCUGCUGGGUUGGACCCUGGGGAGGGUGAAGAGGGCAAGAUUGUUCUUCCAGAGGGCUUUAGUCCCAUACAGGCCUUGGAAGAGCUGGAGAAAGUGGGUAACUUCCUGGCCAAAGGCCUAGGGAGCCAGUUGGAGGAACCUGAAAAGCCUCAGGCCCAGCCACCUGUGCACCUACAGAGCCUCUUCCAUCGUGACAUGCAGGUACUGGGUGUCCUGUUGGCUGAGAUGGUGUUUGCCACCAGGGUCCGGAUACUGCAGCCUGAUGCACCUUUGUGGGUACGCUUUGAGGCUGUUAGGGGUCUCUGCACACGCCACUCCAAGGACAUCCCCGUGUCUCUGCAGCCUGUGCUGGACACACUCCUGCAGCUGAGUGGACCCAAAAGUCCCGUGGUGGUGAAGAAGGGCAAGCUAGAUCCACUGUUUGAGUACAGGCCUGUUUCCCAAGGAUUGCCCCCACCCAGCCCAGCCCAGCUCCUCAGCCCCUUCAGCUCCGUGGUCCCCUUCCCUCCGUACUUCCCAGCACUGCACAAGUUCAUUCUUUUAUAUCAGGCCCGGCGUGUGGAGGAUGAGGUCCAGGGACGGGAGCUGGUGUUUGCCCUGUGGCAGCAGCUGGGUGCGGUGUUAAAUGACAUCACUCCUGAGGGCUUGGAGAUCCUCUUGCCUUUUGUGCUGUCGCUCAUGUCUGAGGAGCACACGGCUGUGUACACAGCCUGGUACCUAUUUGAACCCGUUGCCAAGGCCCUGGGCCCUAAAAAUGCCAAUAAGUACCUCCUGAAGCCUCUCAUCGGUGCCUAUGAGAGCCCCUGCCGCCUGCAUGGCCGCUUCUACCUGUACACUGACUGUUUUGUGGCCCAGUUGGUGGUGCGGUUGGGCUUGCAGGCCUUCCUCAUCCACCUGCUGCCCCAUGUUCUACAGGUACUGGCUGGGGUGGAGGCCUCCCAGGAUGAGGGCAAAGGUCUGGUUGGGACCACUGAAGAUGAGGAGAUCGAGCUCCCGGUGUCUGGGCCUGGCUCCUGCGCCUUUGGGGAGGAGAUUCAGAUGGAUGGGCAGCCAGCAGCUUCCUCAGGACUGGGGCUCCCGGACUACAGGUCAGGUGUCAGCUUCCAUGACCAGGCCGACCUGCCAGACACGGAGGACUUCCAAGCUGGACUCUAUGUGGCUGAAUCUCCCCAGCCCCAGGAGGCUGAGGCUGUGAGCUUGGGCCAGCUGAGUGACAAGAGCAGCACCAGUGAAGCCUCCCAGGGCGAGGAGAGGGUUGGGGAUGAUGGGGGUGCCCCUGCAGACAAGAACAGCGUGAAGUCAGGGGACAGCAGCCAGGACUUAAAGCACAGUGAAGGCUCUGAGGAAGAGGAGGAGGAGGAAGGCUGUGUGGUGCUGGAGGAGGAGGAGCAGGAGGAAGUCACAGGAACAUCCGAGCUCACUCUGUCUGACACGAUGCUGUCCAUGGAGACGGUGGUGGCUCCUGGUGAUGGGAGAGACAGAGAAGAGGAAGUGGAGCCCCUGACGGAGCAGACAGAAGGCAAAGAACAAAAGAUCCUCCUUGAUACAGCCUGCAAGAUGGUCCGCUGGCUGUCCGCCAAGCUUGGCCCCACAGUAGCCUCUCGCCAUGUGGCCCGGAACCUGCUGCGCCUGCUGACAUCUUGUUAUGUUGGGCCCACUCGGCAGCAGUUCACAGUCAGCAGUGAUGACAGCCCUUCACUGAGCGCCGGCAACAUCUACCAGAAGAGGCCAGUAUUAGGUGACGUCGUGUCGGGGCCUGUGCUCAGCUGUCUCCUCCAUAUCGCUCACCUAUAUGGAGAACCUGUUCUCACCUACCAGUACCUGCCCUACAUCAGCUACCUGGUAGCCCCAGGGAGCAACUCAAGCCCCAGCCGACUGAACAGCCGCAAGGAGGCCGGGCUGCUGGCGGCGGUGACGCUGACUCAGAAGAUCAUUGUCUACCUCUCCGACACGACUCUCAUGGACAUUCUGCCCCGCAUUAGCCAUGAGGUCUUGCUGCCCGUGCUCAGCUUCCUCACCUCCUUUGUUACAGGGUUCCCAAGUGGGGCCCAGGCCCGGACCGUCCUGUGUAUGAAGACGAUUAGUCUCAUCGCCCUCAUCUGCUUGCGCAUCGGACAGGAGAUGGUUCAGCAGCACCUGAGUGAGCCGGUGGCCACCUUCUUUCAAGUCUUCUCUUAUCUGCAUGAGCUUCGGCAGCAGGAUCUGCAGCUGGAUCCCAAGGGCUGUACUGAGGGCCAGCUGCCAGAGGCGACCUUCUCAGAUGGUCAGCGACGGCCAGUGGACCCCACCCUGCUGGAAGAGCUGCAGAAGGUGUUCACCCUGGAAAUGGCAUACACAAUCUACGUACCUUUCUCCUGCCUGUUGGGAGACAUCAUCCGGAAAAUCAUCCCCAACCACGAGUUGGUCGGGGAGCUGGCAGGGCUGUAUCUGGAAAGCAUGAGCCCGAGCUCUCGAAACCCAGCCGGCAUGGAAGCCACCAUGGCUAGUGCCGGCCCUGAAUGGGACCCUCAGAGUGGGAACUAUCUUCAGGACGAUGGCCACUCAGGGACCUUUGGGAGUGUCCUGGUUGGAAAUCGCAUCCAGAUCCCUGACUCUCAGCCCCAGAGUCCCGGGCCGCUGGGCUCCAUCUCUGGAGUGGGGAGUGGAGGCCUCAGCAGCAGGAAUGAAGACAACCCUCUGAAGCGGGAGCUGCCCCGGAGUGCCCAUGGGCUGAGCGGGAACUGGCUGGCAUACUGGCAGUACGAGAUUGGUGUGAGCCAGCAGGAUGCUCACUUUCACUUCCACCAGAUACGCCUGCAGAGCUUCCCAGGUCACACUGGGGCUGUCAAAUGUGUGGCCACCCUGAGCAGUGAAGACUUCUUUCUGAGUGGCAGCAAGGACCGUACUGUGCGCCUCUGGCCACUGUACAACUAUGGGGACGGGACCAGUGAGACAGCUUCCCGCCUCAUCUAUGCCCAGCACCGCAAAAGUGUCUUCUACGUGGGCCAGCUUGAGGCCCCGCAGUAUGUGGUGAGCUGUGAUGGGGCAGUGCACGUCUGGGACCCCUUCACAGGGAAGACCCUUCGCACAGUGGAUCCUUCAGACAGCCGGGUGCCCCUGACUGCUGUGGCUGUCAUGCCUGCCCCCCACACCAGCAUCACCAUGGCCAGCUCUGAUUCCACCCUGCGCUUUGUGGACUGCAGGAAGCCUGGCUUGCAGCAUGAGUUCCGACUGGGUGGAGGGCUGAAUCCUGGGCUUGUUCGCUCCUUGGCCGUCAGCCCCAGUGGCCGGAGUGUUGUGGCUGGCUUCUCCUCAGGCUUCAUGGUGCUCCUAGACACCCGGACUGGCCUGGUUCUACGUGGCUGGCCAGCCCAUGAAGGGGACAUUCUACAGAUCAAGGCUGUAGAGGGCAGCGUGCUGAUCAGCUCCUCUUCUGACCAUUCCCUGACUGUUUGGAAGGAGCUGGAGCAGAAGCCCACACACCACUACAAGUCAGCGUCUGAUCCAAUCCACACCUUCGACCUGUACGGCAGCGAGGUGGUCACUGGCACUGUAGCCAACAAGAUUGGUGUCUGUUCCCUGCUUGAACCACCCUCUCAGGCCACCACAAAGCUCAGUUCCGAGAACUUCCGCGGUACGCUCACUAGUCUGGCUUUGCUGCCCACGAAACGCCACCUCCUGCUGGGCUCGGACAAUGGCAUCAUCCGCCUCCUGGCAUAGGUCCAGGCAGGAGUUGGCUGAGGGCAGGGUGAGAUGACACCUCUCAGGUCCAGCUCCUCAUCCUCGAUCUCUCAGGCAGUUCUUCUAGGCAAGCCCUGGGCUCUCGGUGCCCACAUGGCCUGCCAUCUGGGAUCGCACAGCUCCUGCAUCUCCAAAGCCAUGACGUGGCUUUGUUCCUGAAACUCGGGAGAUGCUGUUCCUAACCAACAAGAAGCGGGACAAGGAAAAGCACUGUGAUCCCCACUGCUCCCCAGCUCUGCCUUCUGGAUUCACAUGGGGACAGGGAAGCUCCAGGAAGUGAAAGGAGAUGGGCCUUCGCUCAGCCAGCUUCCUCUAGCCAUGCUCUCCUUAGUUCUGUCUCCCUUGGGUAGGAAACUGCUCCUAUCUAGGGCUCUGAUGGUGCUGGGACUCCAGCCUCAGGAGGGCUGGCCAGGACCGAGGAGUUUCAGGGCUUCGUGUGGGGUUUUAGUAUCCAUUCAGCCAGGUUUUCCCAGUGUGGGACCAGAAAAAAGGGGCCGGGGGAACAGGGCUGGGGAAGGAGUUAUAUGGGCCCAGCUGGUCCAGGAAUGAAUCCAUGCCUUGCCUUGUUACCCCUAACCACAGUGUUUGUGCCUUCAGCUGGGGAGGCAGCCCUUGGGACCAGCACCUCUAGGGAAAGAGGCAGCGGGAAUCAUCUUUGUAUCUUGGGUUCUUCCUGGGGGAUGGGGAAACUCUGGCAUCUCUUGAGUGUUCAUUUGGAGAAGUCUGAGAUGUGGCCUCUGCUGCCUUCACACUAUUUGCAAACCAUGUAAAUAAGGUCAAUAAAUUCUUUGGAAGAGCCAUGGAGCUGA